CUUAGAGAAGCGGAUCCAUUCCCUGCGCUACUCUGAAAAUGACAGUAUCUGCCUCGGAGGCAUGAUUGUAGGAUUGUUUACCUGUAAAACGUGAAAAUAAUCAUCUUUGGAUGGACCUACAUUCUGCUGUGUGUGUGCCUGCCCUGAGGUGCACCUAUUUCUCCACUGUUUUAAAUACAGCAAGGAAGAUAAUGGCAAUCAGCUGUGUCUGCCCUGAAUUUAGUGUGCCCUUGUCCUGGCAAAGUAUACAUUUUCCUCUGAAAUGCACACAGUGUAUGCUCUGAGAGGCCUGUACUUAUUAGCAGGCCGAGAAUUUGCUGUGUGGCACUAGCUAGCCUGCUACCCUGCCCAGAAGCAUCUGCAUCUGCCUGCACCUAGGCGAACACAAUGCUUCAGGAUGCAGGCAAGGUAGCAGGCUGGUUCCAGCAUAGGGGCUGAUUCUUGCCCUGUGUUUUUCAGCAGACAGAGAAUCAGCCCCUGGGGCACUAGCCAAAGGUGCUCACAACCUAUCUGCUGCAGGUAUAUUUUUGUUAUAAUUGGUUGCUUUGUUGGAUAGGUAAGCUGCACAAUGUUUGUUUGCUGUUGUGUGCAGCACAUUAUCUUAUCAAUUGUGAAGAAUGUGCCAGGGACACUCUCUGGGAAGCCUUAAAGUUUGCACCAUCCCCCAAGGCCCUGCAGUAAUAAUGUUGUAAUGACAAAACCUGAAACCCGAGCUUUCCAGGAAGAGGAAGAGAAAAGAAAAAAGAAGUUUGUGUGGAGUACAGAAUCAACACUAGUGUCUGUUUCUUGGCAGUGCUGCAAUGAGCAUUUCAUUUUUAAAGCGAGGCGUGGAAGGCACACAGCGUUGGAAUACACUUGUUGCCUGUGUAGGAACUUUCUGUGCUUCCUGAUCUUCGCAAGGUGAUCUUUGGUCAAAACUCAAGAAUAUCAGUUUCCCAAGUUAAUGGAUUUAAUUAGGAAAAACUAUGCAGAGCUGGUUCAGAGAAUGGGAAGGACGAUUGCUGUACAGAUAACUAAUGACCUGUUCACAAGAAAUAUUCUUUCUAUGGGUGAGAUGGAGGAAAUUCUGUCCUGUAAGGUGGCACAAGAUCUAACAAGAGAACUGCUUAAUGUUAUUUUAAAAAAAGGCACAGAGUCCUGCACUCGGUUACUUCAGUCCCUCGAAAAUCAAGAUCCUUUUUUCUAUGAAGACUUGAUUGGACAGCGAGUUCAGAGUGGAGUCACAGAAGAAGAUUUAGAAAACCUAGCUGACCACUUAAAGCGUCUGUAUCAAUACCCCUUUUUCAAGAAAUUUAAUCCGCUGGGUGAGGACACUGACAUCGAUAUCAUUUUUGAUUUAGACCGAACAUUUACAGAUCCAUUGCUCUGGAGGAAAGGAACCCUUAACCGAAGGGAAAAACAGUUGACGUUAAGUGAAAUGUUGGAACAACUGGAAAGCCCUUGUGUUAUUGAAGGAGAAGCAGGGAAGGGGAAAACAACUAUACUCAAGAGAAUUGCUAUGCUUUGGGCAUCUGAAAAAUGUAGAGCAUUAGCAGAUUUUAAACUUGUCUUCUUUGUCACCCUGCGUGGUGCUAGCGAAGGGCUCUAUGAAACACUCUCUGACCAGCUUUUUCCUAUAACUUACUCAUGGAAUAAAAAAGAAUUUCUGAAUAAAAUAUGGCAUUUAGGAAGAAAAGUAUUGUUCUUGCUUGAUGGGUAUGAUGAAUUUCAGUCGGAGAGCUGCACAGAAAUUGAAGAACUUAUUAAAAACAAUCCUAAAUUUAACAGCACAGUGAUUGUGAGUACAAGAACAGAGACAAUUGGAAAACUGAGGAGGUGUGGUGCGCUUAUUGCUGAAACAAGUGAUUUUUCUUUAGAUAAUGCUAAACAGUUAAUUGCAAAUGUUUUAGAAGAGGAUGAAGCAAAUGGCUUGUUGUUCCAGUUAGAAGAAUCAAGUUUUAUGCAGAACCUUAUGAAGACCCCCUUAUUUGUCGUAAUUGCUUGCGCUCUUCGGAUGGGGGAAAGCGAUUUUCAAAUGAACACCCAGACAACACUGUUCAGUACAUUAUAUGACCUAAUGGUUGAAAAAAAAAAGUACAAAAUUAGACACCUUAGUGCAAACAUCCUAGCUGCAAACAUCAGGAAAUUUGGAGAUCUGGCCCUGGAUGGGUUGUUUGAACAAAGAUUUGACUUUAAUGAGAAGCAUCUGUCUAAAAUUAAGGAAGAGGUUCUCUUAAAUAUAGGCCUGCUAAAUAAAUACACUGCUCAGAGGCGCAAGGCCGUUUACAGAUAUUUUCAUACAACAUUUCAGGAAUACAUUGCCGGGAGGAGACUCUCUCAACUUCUAUCUUCUGAAGACAACUCAGAUGUUACUAAAGGAGAAGAUUUUUUAAAUAAGAUUGUUUCUGUUUUUGAUAUCACCACUAAAUAUAAAAAUCUCCUCUUAUAUACUUGUGGAUCAUCCAAAGUAGCAACACAGAAAGUUGUAAAACAUGUUGCCGAAGUACACAAACAUGACAAAAAUAAUUACAGUACAGAGUUGGUAGAGUUUGGGCUUAACCUUUUCUUUGAAAGCUCCACCAAAAAAGAAUUAAGUCAAGAUUUUGAAACUCUCUUUUCUGAGAAAUGCUUGUAUAUUAAUUCCCAUAAUAUCUCUUCUCACCAUAUUGAAUUUUUCCUAUACUUACCAAACUGCCUUAGUGCAUUACAACUGAUAAAGUUGGAUCUAUCUGGUACUUUUGCCACUGUACCAAGUGAAAGCACUAUGGACAGAGAUUCCAAAAGUGCACAGUCCAGUGUUUGUGACAAUUAUAUUCCAGAGAAAGCAGUCAAAUUAUUUUUUGAUUGGAAUCAGUCAAUUCAGACUUUGGAGGUUACACUCAGAGAUUUUCACCAAUUAAAUAAAAAAGAUAUAAAAUACCUGGGCAAAAUAUGUUGCUCCGCUGACAGUCUUCGACUGAACAUUAAAAGAAGUUCAGGAAUAACUGGAUCCUUGGUGGGUGUUUUGGAAUCCUGUAAGAAUAUACAAGAUUUAAAUGUUGAUAGCACCAAACUAAGCAUUGAAGAUGAGAGAAGAAUUGUACAAAUGACGGAGAUGAAAACACUGAGUAUAUUAAACCUACACAGUGAACAUCUACAAGGUGGACUAUUAGAGGGUUUGUGUAAUCUAGUAGGGCUUGAAAAAUUGGUUUUCCAUAACAUUAAAAUAGACAAGAAUGAUGCAAAAACUCUGGCUGAAGGCAUUUUAAGUCUGAAGAAGUUAAAGAGGUUAUCCAUAUCUCAUAUCUCCAACAUUGGAGAUGGCAUGGAGAGUAUUGCAGAAUCAAUUUCCUUAUGUUGCCAUGAGCUUAAAGAACUGAAAUUAAUUGACUGUUGUUUGAGUGCGAAAGCUCUCAGGAGUCUUGCAUUCCGCUUAAAAAUGUUCUCUAGCAUUGAAAUAUUGGAUUUGUCUGGAAAUUAUUUACUAGAAGAAGGGAAGGAAUCAGUAGAAGAACUGGCUGCCAACUUGACUCAUCUUGAUGCAAUAAGGACACUUAUGCUGCCUGGAGGAACAGAUGUAAAGUUUUGCCUGGAGGCAGUAUUACCUACAUUGAGGCGCAUUCCUACCUUGUCAGAACUUGCUUUUAAACGAUGGAACUUGACCAAUGAUGACUUGAUGACAUUAGCUUCGUAUAUAAAUAGCGGCUUUGAAAACCUUUCAUUUUUGGAUCUUUCUGAUAACUGUGCUCAAAGUGCCGGCUGGCUUUCCCUGACUGCCAUACUACAAUAUCUGCCAAAUCUGACCUAUGUAAACUUUAGCACUGAGGACCUCUUCACUCCAGAUCCAGAUUUAGUGCGGAAGCUGGUUCGUGCAAUAUCAGCGCUGCCAUUGUUACACACAAUGGAACUAAACAAUUGGCAACUAGACGAUUUUGACCUAGCUCAAAUCAAAAAAGCAAAAAAUAUGAUCCACCGGCCUGGGAAUACAUGUGGUCACUUUUUCCAAGUCAGUAACAUGGAAUUUGAUGGAAGAUAGGAGCAAUUUCUCUCAACAAUACCAUGUCUUCAUUCCUUCUGAUCAUUCCACAGCUACACACUGAAGCCCAUUUAUCAACUUUCUGAUUUUAGUGGUUUUUGAAAACUCAACUCAUUUUGAUUAAAACCACAAAUUGCAAGUAAUUUAUCAAACCCGCCUAAUCUAAAAAGCAAGAAUGAAGAAUUCUGCACAAAAUAAACAUAAGAAAACCUUGAAAUCCUAAUUUUUGUAAGAAUUGUUGUGUGCUUACAAACAAAAAAAACAAGAAAACCACUAGAACCACCAAUGUGAUGAAGAUUGUUACAAUUUCCCUAGGACAGCUCCCAUGGACUUCUACAUGACCACUUGAAUUUUUUUCCGUGUUUUUUAGUUUUAAUAAAUUAUGAAUUUGUGAAAAUGACCAACAUACGAUUGUAAGUAAAUUGGCCCCACAUUAUUCAUAUUCAAGGUCAGACUGGGCUCACAAGACACAGGGAAAAAACCUGGUGGCCCUGAUGACCUUGGCUCACUGCCUGCCCCCCCCCCCCCCAUGAGGACCUUGGCUCACGACCCCCCCCCACCCCUAAUCACAGGCACAAGAAGAAGAUGUGCGGGGGGCAGGUUUGUGUCUGGUUUAAGUCCUGGAGAAGCUCAGGACUGGGGUAGGGGAGCUCCUGACUGGGGUGGGGGCUUGUGGGAUAGUGGUGAGGCCCUGAGGUGGCAGCCCCUGUGGUCCCCUGACACCAGAGUUUGAUAGUGAUCAUACUGCCAUUUUAUAAACUUUUGGGUGCAGAGCUCACACAUCUGGUACCUCCUUUUUCAAAUGAUGUAACAUUUCUAAAUAUUUCAAUUGUUUGUUUUAUUGCUGCUUUGCAACAUUUUCAAAUUGUCUAUCUUGUCUACAUCAUACUACAGUGUAAAAUUCUUCUUAAUAUAAGGAAGGUCUUUGCAGUUUUUGCUUGCAUUAAGGAUUAGGAGUGUUUCUCAUAUACAUGUACAAGCUGAUGAGUUGUUAAAUAAACACACAGGCUGCUUU